UACGAAUAUCUGUCAAUGCAGUAGAAGGACAGUUAAUAUCAGCAACUCAUACGUCAACUACAAUGGAUAAAUAUAUAACAUUAUUAACCUUCAUAUGUUUUACGUUUGGUUUCGCUAGAGCGCAGAGUGAUGGAUGUACUUCAUUUAAAAACCUCAAUUCUAGCAGUCUCCUGACGGACAACACCGGAAUUUCAAAUCCCCCAUUACAUUUGAGCCCCGGCUGGUAUAGGUAUACCGGUACACUGUCAGGUGUUAUGUCUACGAGCUGUCCGAAUGUGACUAACCAAUGCGGGGCAAAAAAGCAGGCCUGGCUUAAAGGACAGCUACCAAGCUACUCAUCAGGGCUAGUAGAUGUUGAUGUAUGUAUUAGAACAGAUGACACACAAUGCUGCCAAGUGCAAAAUACUAUUCAAGUGCAGAAUUGCAAUUCAUUUUACGUGUACAAUUUAACGGGAUUACCACCGGAUACUCACUAUUGUUUUAACAGUUCUGCUGUUCCACCUUCAACCGUAAAAACUACCAGUACAACAACAACACCAAACUCAGCUACUAGCCCCAGUGCGCUUGGAAGUCCAGAACCUCCUGUUAAAAAUAACUCUCAAAGAAAACCGAAAAGUACUGGCGUCCUAAUAGGUGCAGCAUUGAGCGUUGUUGUUCUGUGGGCGUGUGACUGGUUUAACUGGAUACUAUAAAACGUGUUAUCGAACCAUCUGACGUGUUUACAUAUAAAAGAAAGAACACUUCUUACACUGAAAUCUACAAAUAUCCUCUAUUCGCGUGCAUAUCCGUUGAGGCACAAACCACAAAGCAAUGCCAUUGCCGCGAUUCAUGCAUCGCAGUAAUAAAGUACCUGAAUUUUAAAAACAAACAAGCAACAAGCAUCCUGUCGUCAAACUUACCAUUCUAUGUAUGUUGAAAACUUCGAUGAUACCACGUAAAAAUGAUAAACUGUUUUAUUCUACGAUUUUACUUUUGAUGAAUUAAUUUGUGUGUAUGUAAAGGUUAUUGGUAUAGCUUAGUUAAAUAUAAGUCCACCUGUCGUUCUUCUCCCUUUUUCUGAAGACUAUUCAUAUUAAUUUUUUAUUAUUAAAUUAGGUAACAAUAUAUGUUAUUUCUUUUUCUUGACUGUAAUGCUUAUGCUCAUUUUGAUAUAUAACUUUUUACUUUGGAAUGGAAAUAUAAUCUGAUACAAGCAUUUUAAAUGUUGGAUGUAUUGUGAUGGCUUUAGCUUAUAAUCUUUUAUUGCUAUGUACAAUUCUGUUUAUUAUGUGUGACACUGGAAUGAAAUUAUAAUUAUUUGAUGCAAACACAGGUGCUGAAUGUGUUGCUGUAGAAUUAUUCAUAGGCAAUAUAUUAUUCAAAAUGCUUUGUUUUGCUUGAGUUCUUACAUGUAAUUACACACAGUAGACAAAUCCCAGUAAGUGUCAUUGUUUUUAUUGUAGAAAAUAACAAGAAAUAAAAUAACUGUUAUUUAUGGAAA